GAUCGCCGUUUUGUUGCCGUCUUCUCAACAUUGCGUGUGCAGUUUGCACUUACCUUAAUGUGUACAGGAAACGCACCUGUUGCACUACUCUUUCGGCUCGCAAAACUUGGAACCGUGGAACUUUUCUGGAUUUAGAAAUACUAACCCGGGGAUCAAGCCAUUGAGCGCCAAAUGACUCAAAAGGUACCCAAACUGGCCUAGACCAAGCAUACAGUACUCUACACACACUGCCACGCCCUGGUGGUCACAGUCUGCCACUGCGUGUCACCAUAGAGAGCAGCUGAAAGUGGCAUCGGGUUUUUUUCUGUGGCGUGAGAAGAGUCUGAUGCUUCCGUGUGAACUGUGAGGGGCGUCUCACCCUGCCCCUCCCUCUCCCCGGGGGUGUUGCCAUGGAGGACGAGAGUACCGCGGAGUCCCUGCUUGACCUCAGCCACCUGACCGAAGAGGAGCAGACGGCCAUCCUGCAGGUGCUUCUGCGGGACUCGGAGCUGAGGAGCCUGGAGCAAGGGCGUGUGAGUAAACUGCAAAACUCGAUCUCAGACCCACAGCAGCUGAAGUCCCUGUCGGGCGAAUGGUUCAGCGAGGCCCUGGCCCAGCGACACAGGAAGCACGGCUCUGAAAUUGUCCAGGCCUCCAUCCGUCGCAGGAAGAGACCCAAAGAUGUACCUUUGAGUGUGCUGGCAGGUGGAGGGGUGUUUGAUAAACAAGGAGAGGUCAAUUUGCACAAUGGCACACCGCCCAAAACUGGGCAAGAGGAGGAAGAUGAAGAGGGCGGAAAAAGUGUUGUGUUCCCAGUACCUGCCCCCAGAGCCGUGAAUGCUGCCAAGAAGAGCCCAGGGACUCAAAAUGAAGCUACAGCUUCCACAGAAUGCGUCAGCGUGCAAAAUGGAAAGGGAGAGGAGACUGCAGAGAAAGAGGGAGCACUGCAGAACCCCUCCCCCAUCGUGCAGGUGGACUUGGAGAAAGACUCAGAUUCUGUGUCCAGCAGUGCCCCAACAGAGCUUGACCAGAACCGACUCCGAGCAAGUGGAUCAACCAGCAGUCUGCACUCCAACCACGCGCUGAGUGGUAGUAUGAUGAGCCUGUUCAGCUCUGGAGAGUUUGGGAUGGUGGAAGUACGGGGUAGCAUACAGUUUUCUCUGCACUACGACACCAAGAAGGAGGAGUUGCAGGUGCAGGUGUGUCGCUGUCAGGAGCUGGCCCACGCCCGAAAGAAUCGCUCGGACCCGUAUGUGAAGACUUACCUUCUCCCGGACAAGUCAUCCCACAGCAAAAAGAAGACGGGUGUGAAAAAGAAGACGGUGAACCCAGUGUUUGACGAGACCCUGAAGUAUAACAUGAAAAUGGCGGAACUGAAGGGGCGGACCCUCAACCUGUCCGUGUGGCACCACGACCCCGUGCGCAGGAACGUGUUCCUGGGGGAAGUGGAGGUGGGCCUGUCAGACUGGGACUGGAGCCAGACUGAACCAUGCUGGCACCCCCUAUUGCCUCGGGUUCAGAUGUCUCAGGACACCAUUAGCAGCCGUGGAUCCCUCCUGCUGUCACUCAAGUUCACUCCAGCUGGAUUUGAAGGCAGUGGCCUGCCACUGACCGGGGAACUGCACAUUUGGCUGAGAGAGGCGCAAGGACUCAUCCCCACCAAAGGAGGCACUGUGGACUCCUUUGUCAAAAGCUAUGUGCUACCGGAUGAAAGCCGGUCGAGUCGGCAGAAGACACGGGUGAUAAAGAACACAGUCAGCCCCACCUACAACCACACCAUGGUGUACGACGGGUUCCAGGCUGUGGAUCUGAACGAGGCUUGUGCUGAGAUCACCGUGUGGGAGAAGGACACUUUCUCCUCACAGCUGCUGGGGGGAGUGAGGCUGAGCCCUGGCACAGGACUGAGCUAUGGCCAGCCUGUGGUGUGGAUGGACUCCACCGAAGAGGAGACCAACGUCUGGACCAACAUGAUCCAGAAUCCCAACACCUGGGUGGAUGCUACGCUGCCCCUCCGGACCAACCUGGCAGCCCGAAAAGAGUGACCUCCCACCUCACUGUGAUGCGAUGGGAAUUAGGGGCGGGGUGGGGUGGGGUUUAAGAGGGGUUAGGUGUAGUGACAGCAAGGAGAAAGAGAGACUGAUCAUAGCAAAUGUUCUGAGAAUUCUUUUUUUUUUGUAUUGAGGGUGCGAAAAAAAAUAGCUCUAAUAAUCAAAUGUGUCAUGCCUUUGUAUGUGUAGUGCUGUCUCUGUACUCUAAAUAUGAGUUUGAAUUCACUCUUGCCCGGGACAGUGUGGCGGUGUUUGUAAAGUAGGGAUGAGGUGGUCAGAGUGUCGGUUUGGGGCAGAAAAAGGGCAAGAGAAGGUAGGCGAAAAUAACACUAGUCCUCACAACUACACCUCAGGCUUCUGUCCCAUCUCAGGUAUGUAGCCCGUGGUAGCCCCACCUCCUGUGAUUCUAUCUGACUUUAGUGACUUAUUAAGUGAUGGAUUAACUCUGCUAAUAGUAACAUUGCCGUACAGAUAAGCUGUAGAGCUAAAGAAGUUAAUUUGAAAUGUUCAGGGAGUAAAUGAAAGGCAAGAGUGAGAAGUCUGGCACACACGUUACCCAGUUCUACAUUUCACUUGAUAUCUUUGUUACAGAAUCAAAUGUGUCCAGUUGUUUGUCUGUGUAAAUGCUUCAGUGUGUUUCUCCCUCUGGAAUUAAAGUGCAUUGUGAACAUGG